UUUUUUUUUUUCUUUUCACGCCAAAUUCCAAGUUGCUUCCACUUUCACACUCUCCACGCUCCACACUGUUGCCCUUCAACGUGUAUUUCCCGUUCUCUUGAUCCAACAAAACCCAUUUCCCAAUUCCUAUAUACUUUAUACAAAUUUCACUACAUAUUAUGUAAUCAAAAGAAUUUUAGCUUAUUUGCAUUUCAAGACUUGUAAUUCAAACAAGAAACAAAAGGCAGGUUAUUUGAUUUGCUAUUUGGGAAAGAUUAUUUUUAAUAAAGGACUACUAAUGAAGUAAGUUCAAGGCUGUAUUUAAGGUUCUAAGAAUUUCCUUUCUGUUUGUGGGACAACAUGGAAAUUAUGGAUACAAGUCCUUAUUUGAGUUUAUUUUCUGCAUUAUCCUAUGGCAUUGCAUCAAUGGCUAUGGUUUUCAUCAACAAGGCAGUGAUCAUGCAAUAUGCACACUCUAUGACUCUUCUCACAGUCCAGCAAUUAGCAACAGCUUUGCUCAUACACUUCGGUAGAGUCAUGGGAUACACAAGGGCCAGAGGAUUGAAUGCAGAGACUGCGAAGAAACUUUUCCCAGUUUCGUUGUUCUACAAUGCAAAUGUGGGUUUUGCUUUAGCAAGCUUAAAAGGAGUGAAUAUUCCUAUGUAUAUUGCCAUCAAAAGGCUUACACCACUUGCUGUACUAGUAGCUGGAUUCUUUACCGGAAAGGGUAAACCGACAACUCAGGUAACACUUUCUGUUAUACUUACUGCUGCUGGAGUUCUUAUUGCGGCACUUGGAGAUUUUUCCUUUGAUCUUUUUGGAUACAGUUUGGCCUUUAUUUCUGUUUUCUUCCAGACCAUGUACCUUGUGUUGGUGGAGAAAUCAGGAGCAGAGGAUGGGCUUUCAUCAAUUGAGAUCAUGUUUUACAACAGCUUUUUGUCUUUGCCAUUUCUGUUAUUCCUUAUCAUAGCCACAGGAGAAUUUCCAAAUUCUUUAUCUAUUUUAUUUGCAAAGAGUAGUUCAAUAUCAUUUCUUGCAAUUCUUAUUCUUUCAUUGGUGAUGGGCAUUGUCUUGAACUACACUAUGUUCUUGUGUACCAUCGUCAACUCAGCUUUAACUACCACGAUUGUUGGAGUCCUCAAGGGAGUUGGAUCUACGACACUUGGGUUUGUCAUGUUGGGAGGUGUAGAAAUACAUGCUUUGAAUGUCACUGGUUUGGUGAUCAACACAGCCGGUGGCGUGUGGUAUUCAUUUGCCAAAUAUCAACAGAAGAAGAGCAAGUUGCCCAAGAUAAUGUCUGAUAUUGAAAGUCAUCGUAAAUAAAGCUUCCAGAGACUUCAAUUUUUUUAUUUUUUUUUACAAGUUGAGAAUAGAAAACUACAGUUCAAUUCAGCAUUGGUUUUUUCAAGGUAGUAAAGCAUGUGCUAUUCAAAUGUAAUCAGUUAAUAUUAUCUUGACCAUGGACUUGCUGUCACACCUAAACAAUGUAACCCAGUAUUAGAAUUGGAUCAAAUAUUUCCUUGGUUUCCAACAAA